UGGGAUGCCCGCGAGGCGCGAGGCCCGGCGCGCGAGCCCCCGGGGCGGGUAAAACCCGGUUGCUGCUGCCCCUGCCCCCUCCCCUUCCUUCUUACCCUGCCCUUUCCCGCCCCUUCCUCAUUCGUCAACCCCUCCCCCUUUUAAAAUCUAAUUCGUUUUUAUGUUUCUUUUUUAGGGGGGCCCAGCUCCCUUUCGAGAGGCGCAGCAGGCGCGGCGAGCGCCCCUCACCCCGCGUCACGCACGCACCUUCUGCACCCCAACAGCUCCGGGCCCCGCUGCAUCCCCGCAGCCCCUUCCCCCUUGGAGAAGACUCUCAGAGGCCCCUGGCUCGCUGCACCCCCUUUUCUUUCCUACCCCACCCCCCAGGCCCCAACUGCCCCCUCGCAGCUCCCCAGCUCGCGCCGCGGGCCCUACCCGACCUCCCCACUUUCUGCAUCUCGGCCUUGCAUUUGCCCUCCGCUUUUCCAGGCCCUGGUGCUAAAAAUCCGCUUUCCUCCCAAAGAUCCCCGCUUCAGAGGACCCAGAUUUGUUUCUAUUUAGGAUCUUCCAGCAAAACCAAGAAGCCCGCCUAGACGCCUUGAUUUUGCCCCUCCCCCUCCUCUUAGGAACUUUCUCUAGCAAAAAAAAAUUUUUUUUUCUUCAUUGAGGAUCACUUUCCAGCAAAAAUUCUUUCUUCCCACCAUGAGUCCCCCUGUUUGGAAUAUCUUUCCACGGAUAACAAACCAACUCAGUCCUUCUGUUUUCUCUCUUGUCUAAUAUUUUUCUUUCCAGCUCUCUUCCCCAGAAAUCCCAACACAAACCCCUUUCAUCACCUGUUCCACCUCAGUUAGACUUCUCCCAGCAAAGCUCUCCAGGUUCCUUCCCAAGGGGAGGAAAAUAAGGAAAGAAAGAAAAAAGAACUCCUUGAACAUCAAAAUCCGUUUUCCUACCUAGAUCUCCCCAGUUUAGUAUUGCUUUCUUCUUUCUUCCAAAAAUUACCAGUCGCCCUCAGUUUCACACCCGUGCCCUUGCUUCUUUGGGGACCCAGGUUCUGACAGCCCCUUCCUUUCCACCACCUGCUUUCAGGGCAGAAGAAGUUGAAUAAGGGUCCUGAAUUUACUGUCCAGCGUUCCAGGAAGAAAUAGCCAAUGAUCUGACUGUCACCGGAACCUCUUUCUCUGUGGGGCCUACACUGGGCCCCCCUGUUCCCUGGGGAUUGAUUCACUCACUCCUUCUCCUGGAGUUAGCCACCAUCAAGACCCGCUCUCUCCUCCCUAACUCUGCACACAGCCCUGCUUGUCUGGAGAGUAGCUCUUGGCCGAGCCCUGGCAGUGGAGAGCCAUGGACCAGUACAGCCUGGGGGACGAGGGUGCCCUUCCCUCUGAGAUGCACCUCCCUUCGUUUCCCGAGAAUCAGGCGCUCACCUGCAGCGACGCCGUCAACCGGCACCUGGGCCCUGGCACGCGGGACCUGCUCUAUGGUAGCCUAAGAAGUCUGGAGCUGGACCCCAGCUUCCCGGCGCCCGACGCGCCCAGUGAGCUGAUGGAGGACAACCUGGACACCCUGUCCCUGUACUCAGGGAAGGACAGUGACUCCACGAAGCUGCUGGAAGAGUAUGUAGAUCCCGAAUCUCAGGCUUCCUUACAAGACCUAGGGCUGAGCGCCCUCAAGGUGCCCAAAGAGGCGGAUGAAGGAGGCCGGGCCACCUCAGGGAGCGCGCGGAAAGGCAAGCGGCAGCACAGCUCCCCACAGAACACGCUCCUGGACUGCAGCCUCUGCGGGAAGGUGUUCAGCAGUGCCAGCUCCCUGAGCAAGCACUACCUGACGCACAGCCAGGAGAGGAAGCACGUGUGCAAGAUCUGCAGCAAGGCCUUCAAGCGGCAGGACCACCUGACGGGACAUAUGCUCACCCACCAGAAGACCAAGCCCUUCGUGUGCAUCGAGCAGGGCUGCAGCAAGAGCUACUGUGACUACCGCUCGCUGCGCCGGCACUACGAGGUCCAGCACGGCCUGUGCGUCCUCAAGGAGGUGCACCCAGAGGACGAGUCCUGUGGGGACUCGCCCCACAUGCACGAGGUGGCAGGCCAGCCCGCACCAUCCGGCCUGAGGUCCCCCGGUCCCCUCCUGCCCAACCGAGACCUCCUGCGCUGCCUCGUGAACAGCAUCGUCCACCACAAGAUCCCUUCCCCAGGGCCGGCUGGGCCUGCGGACAGUGGUGAGGGGAGGAAUGUGGCCUGCUCCUGCCCGUCCUCCUCGGGCUCCUCCUGCUGCGGCCCAGCCGGCGCCCCGGGGACCCUGGGCCCUGACGUUCUCGAGGAGCCGAGGCCCUCACGGAAGGAGCCUGCCGCUGACGUGUUCACGGCCAUCCACUCGCGGGCGGCAGAGAGCAGCGGCCCCGACCCAGCCGAGCUCGAGCCACUCCAGCUCUCGUCCUCCCUGGAGGGCUGGCCCGAGGGCGCCGCUCUGCCCUCCUGCCUGCCUCUGUUCCGUGGCCAGACAGUCCCCACCACUGGUUCCCAGCCAUCAAGCCACAGUUGCCAGUGGCUGCAGAACCUGUCAGGCUGCCCCAAGAGCAAAGGGAACGGUAUGUUUGUCAUCCAUAAGCCGCUGUCCCGGGAGGCCUCUGAGCCUGGCCCUGGGCUCAGCAGCGCCUCCCCAGUCAGGGAGCCCUCGGCUGGCCUGGGGCCUGGCCCAGAGGACGUGCCGCCCUUCCCUCCCAUGUUCCUCAAGGCUCCUGGGGAGGCCUCGGGGGACCCCAGAUUUGCCAGUGCCAGUGGGGAUGAUGACUGCUGGGCUCCCAAGAAGAGCAAGUUUGACUGCGACUCCUUCCGGUGGCCAAAACCCGGGGACCCUGGCUCUCAGGACCCUGGCUCGAAGCCCAGCAGCCUCUCGUCGGACGCCACACCGCUCUUCCGGCAGCUCUUCCUGAAGUCGCAGGAGUCCCUGGUGAGCCAUGAGCAGAUGCAGGUGUUCCAGAUGAUCACCAAGUCUCAGCGGAUCUUCUCCCAUGCCCAGGUGGCCACCGCUUCCUCCCAGCUCCCCACUCCCGAUGUCAAGCAGGGCCCCCUGAAGCCGCUGCAGGGGCCAUGGCCACAGCAGCCCCCGUCUCUGACGCCCACUGUUGACUCUCUCCAUGCUGGCCCCAUGAACGCUGAGCCAGAGGGCUCCCCAGCCCGCCGGAGAAAAUCCACAUCCACUUUCCCUAGGGAGGCCUCACCUGGCAGCAUGAGCCGGGAUGCAAGGGGUGGACCAAAAGUGGCUGCCGCUCCACCAGCCCUCACAGCAUCGUCCCUGGACCCUCCCGGGAACCCAGACAUCUCUUCUCUGGCCAAGCAGUUGAGAUCCUCAAAAGGGACCUUGGAUCUGGGCGAUAUCUUCUCUCCCGGGGGCCUGCGUCAGACCCAGUUAGGAGGGGACGAGCCAUCUGGAACCCACCUCCCGGGGAAGCAGACCCAGGCUGAGAAUGGCAUGACCUCUGGGGCCACGAAAGCCGAAAAGGGCCCAGCCUGCUCCCGGGGUGGAGGCUACAGGCUCUUCUCCGGCAACUCCAGAGCACAGCGCUUUUCAGGCUUCCGGAAGGAGAAGGUGAAAAUGGAUAUGUGCUGUGCAGCGUCCCCGAGCCAGGUGGCCAUGGCCUCCUUCUCGUCAGCAGGGCCUCCAGCAGACCCCUCCAGGGACUCCAAGUCCAAACUGACGAUAUUCAACAGGAUCCAGGGUGGAAAUAUCUACCGGCUCCCCGACCCGAUGAAGGAGGAGAACGUGGCCAGCGGCUGUCACCAGCUCAACAGGGGCUCCACAGACUGGGCAGAGCCAAGGAGCACGUACGUUUGCAAGAACUGCAGCCAGAUGUUCUAUACAGAGAAGGGGCUGAACAGCCACAUGUGUUUUCACAGCGACCAGUGGCCGUCACCUCGAGGGAAGCAGGAUCCACAGGUGUUUGGCAUGGAGUUUUGCAAGCCCUCAAGACAGGUGCUGAGGCCAGAGGGGGAUGGGCAGAGUCCCCUGGGAGCCAGAAAGUGCCUGGACAACCCAACCACAGCCUCUUUGGGGGUCCCUGUGUCGGUGCCUGUGGCCCCAGCAAACCGCCCCCCAGGGAGCAAGGGACAGGAGAAGGAUGGGGACGAGAGAAACAGCAAGGAGAAUGGCCAGCACCGAAAGCGGAAGAAGCGCCCCCAGCUCAAGGCGCUGUUCGUCCCUCCUCCGCCCCCCACGUUCGGGCAGCCAGGCCCGGGGGGGUGUCAGCAGAGCCGCCUGCGCUCCCCCGUGUUCCUGGUGGACCGCCUCCUGAAGGGGCUGUUCCAGUGCUCGCCCUACACGCCGCCGCCCAUGCUCAGCCCCAUCCGGGAGGGCUCGGGGCUCUAUUUCAACACCCUCUGUUCCACGUCUGCUCAGGCCAGCCCCGACAGGCUCAUCAGCACGGUGCUCAAUUCUUCUCCUGUAGAGAAGAUCAUUGAGUAUGGUUACUAUUGCAGAUCAUUGAAUCCCCUGGAUGGCUCCUUCGGCAUCUGUGUGGUAAAGGACGACACCAAGAUCAGCAUUGAACCACACAUCAACAUAGGAAGCCGGUUUCAGGCUGAAAUUCCAGACCUCCAGGACAGCUCUUUGGCUGGGAUUGAUGAGCAUGUCGCUUCUCUGGUCUGGAAGCCGUGGGGAGAUGUGAUGAGCAACCCGGAAACGCAGGACAGAGUAACGGAGCUCUGCAACGUGGCCUGCUCCAGCGUGAUGCCCGGCGGGGGCACCAACCUGGAGCUGGCACUGCACUGCCUGCACGAGGCCCAGGGCGACGUCCAGGUUGCCCUGGAGACCCUCUUACUCAGAGGACCCCAGAAGCCGCGAACUCAUCCUCUUGCCAGCUACCGCUACACAGGUUCAGACUUCUGGACCCCCAUGGAGAAGAGGCUCUUUAAGAAGGCAUUCUGUGCCCACAAGAAGGACUUUAACUUGAUACACAAGACGAUCCAGACAAAGACCGUAGCCCAGUGUGUUGAGUAUUAUUACAUCUGGAAAAAAAUGAUCAAGUUUGACUGCGGCCGAGCCCCAGGGCCAGAAAAGAGAGUCAGGAGGGAGCCAGAUGAAGUAGACAGGGCGGAAGCCAAGGUCACUUGCAGUCCUCGGGAGAGACCCAGCCACCGUCCAACCCCCGAACUAAAGAUAAAGACCAAGAGUUACAGGAGGGAGUCCAUCCUCAACUCCAGCCCGAGCGCUGGCCCCAAGCGGAGCCCCGAGGCACCCGGGAGCGUGGAGGGCCAGGGCGCCUUUCCCUGCCGGGAAUGUGAGAGGGUGUUCGAUAAGAUCAAGAGUCGAAAUGCCCACAUGAAGCGCCACCGGCUGCAGGACCACGUGGAGCCCAUCGUAAGGGUCAAGUGGCCGGUGAAGCCCUUCCAGCUGAAGGAGGAAGAGGAGGAGGAGGAGGAGCUGGGGGCUGACGUGGGGCCCCUGCAGUGGUGAUUCAGGGUGGGGUGGCAGCGGGGGCAAAGCAGCAAGUCUCCCCAGGAUGCCCCUCUGCCUCCCCCACCUGUCCCUGUCGCCAGGGGCCAGCCCAGCUUGCAGACACGGCGGGCACUGGGUCAUGAGCAGGGGAUGCACGCUCAUCUGACCGCCGUGAAGGCCCUGCGCUGUAUCGGAGGCUCCAUUCUCUUAGGUUCAUAGUCUCUCCCCUUCUCAGUUCCACUCUUCCUGGAGCAGUGAGGCUUGGGGAGGGAACAGGUUAGGUCUGGGUAGCUCUUCAGUCUUAGCCUCCGUUUCAGGCUUUGGUUACAUUUAUUCAAUAGGCCAAGAUGUAGAGAAUCAGUGGGAAUUACCAUCAGAUCUCCACCGCGCCGGGGCCCCUCGUGGAGGGUCUCUCUGCAUUCUAGAUUCUGCCCCUAGUCUUGACGUGACUUGUACAUUGUUAGGUUUGGUUUUUCUUUUUUUGUACGUGUCGACUUGUAAAUCUUAUUAAAUUGGGUUCUUAAGCA